UUAAGGUUCAAAAAAAUAUUUCUAUAGUAAUAUAGUUACUAGUUUGUCUGAUCGGGGUUAACAAUAUUGUUUGUUAAUACAUAAAUAAUACUGGCGUUUCCUUUGAUUUAAUUGAGCUAGCAAAUACUAAACGAAGAUGCCUAAAAAGUUUGUGGGAGAAAAUAGCAAAGCGGUCGCGGCACGACAGCGUAAAGAGAACGCUAAACAAGAGACCGACCAAAAGAUAAAAAAAAUGGUAGAAGAUGCCGAAUGGGAAGAUAACGACGAAAAACUUAAGAAAAAACAACAGAAAAAGGAUGAACAAGAAAAAAAGCGACAAGAACAGUUACAAAAGAAAGCAGAAGCAAAGGCAUUAUUAGAAAAAGAGAUGGAAUCUAUAAAGGGAAAAGCGCUUCCACCACCACCAAAGAUCACCCGCGCACAGAUAUCUCAAAUAAAAGAAAAGACUACUAGACCGGAACCUACUGUAAAAUCAGUGCCUGCUAGAGUGGUUGUUGAGGAACCACCUCUAGAAGAAAAUCUCAACAGGUUACAAAUUGAGGGUGAGUUAGCACAAACUGUUGACGAGGCUAUCUCAAUAUUAAGUGAAAGGGCAGAUGUAGACAAACAUCCUGAAAAGAGAUUGAAGGCAGCUUACACCGCAUUUGAGGAAAUUAACCUCCCUAGAUUAAAAGCUGAAAACCCUAGUUUACGGCUCUCACAGCUUAAACAGAUGCUUAGGAAAGAGUGGUUGAAGUCACCAGAAAAUCCUUUAAACCAGGCUUAGGCUAACAAAAAGGAUAUUUAGGAUCUUGAGAUAACAAAGUCAUUUUAACUAAAGUUCUUUUUUGCUUAUAUUGCAUAAAACAUGGUAAAAAUAGUAUACAGUUAAACUUAUGUAUUUAACAUAUUGUCAUAAUUGUAAAUAAAUAUUUUUAAUCAC